UCCGUUACUUUGUGAUUAACUUUAGUUCAUAAACUGUCACGUCAAUCCUUUGUCUAAAUUCCUCAUCAUCAGACAUUAUAUCCAUCAAUUACCCACAUUUUUAAUUCAGUUUGUACAUAAUCACUCGUAAAUCACAGUUUAAAAUCGAUACCACGAGUCCCACGAAUUCGUCUGGUGAAAAUUCAUUCAGGUGCUCGCUAUUCCUCGGGGGAUGUGUCACACUCCGGUGCAUAUCAUCACACGAUAACAGGAAUAAUAAAAAAACCGAUAACGAAAUUGGUAUUAUCGGGUCAAGGUUUCGCCAGUGCAUCGCCGACGACUGAAAAUCCCCGUGAGUUAGUUGAGAUGUUUAAUCGAGAAAUCUGAGUCGACAGCAAGACCCAAUUAUAUGCCUGAUGAAAGAGAAAUACUUUCAAAUCUCACGAGCGAUUGCAAUCACGGCCAUUCUAUGUUUCGCGUUGUUGAUCGACCCUUCAAUUUCAGGCAGAGCGCCAGCGAUUGGAUUUAUAAGAUGUUGUUUCUGUGGUCGAGGGAGCCGUCUCAGAGUCCUCGGGCAAGUCCCUGGUUCGCUUGGCUUGCGAUGGCGAUAGUAAUUUGGAGUUGUCGUCGGCAAAUCCUGCGGGCAAUCCUGACACUCUCCCCAUUGCGACUAGUUAAAAGACGCAAUACCUCCCACAAUUGCCAGUUUAAAAAAUCAACAUCAAGAGAAGAGAUCACCGAGGAGAAGAUCAGCAUGAUACUCCAUCCGAAGCACAUGACUGGUGUCCGAGCGAGGAUGAAAAGAAUUUGUCCAGGGGAUGGACCCCAUGUCUCCGACGAUCUCCACGAAAUUCCUCAGGUCCAGUACAGGGUCACCAGGAGUGGUCGGGUCUAUGGAAAAUAUCCCCACAAAGUUGUCAUUCCUUCGUAAA